UAGAAGGCAUUGUUUAUGGUGGGAUUGGUAGAUGUUAAGGAGGAAUUGUGAUGCAAAUGUAAAUGAAGACAAAGAAUGAGCUCUGAUUCUGAUUUGCCUCUUGUUAAUAAGUAACCAUACCUGUUGGUUUUCUUUUCAGCUUGUUCUCCAGAAAGAGUCCCAAUUUUUCUUCAUUUCUCACUUUAUGUCCCUUAUCAAUGCCACCCAUUUCCGACCUUCUUUCUACCUUAUUGGUUUCCCUGGUUUGGAGGCCAUUCAACACUGGAUCCUUAUCCCCUUCUGCCUCAUGUAUCUGGUGGCCAUCUUGGGCAACUGCUUCAUCCUGUUCAUUAUUAAGACAAACACUCAUCUCCAUACCCCCAUGUACUACCUCCUCUCACUGCUAGCCUUCAAUGACCUUGGCCUCUCGGUGUCCACACUGCCCACCACACUGGUCACUUUCUGGCUUGGGACUCAGGACAUCUAUUUUGGCACCUGUCAGUUCCAGAUGUUUUGUAUCCACUCCUUCUCCUUCAUGGAGUCUGCUGUGCUCCUUGUCAUGUCAUUCGACCUUUUUGUGGCCAUCUGUUGCCCAUUGCGGUACUCAGUCAUUGUCACAGGUCAAAGAGUAACUCAGGCUGGCCUUGCCAUCAUCCUUAGGGGUCCUGUGGCUCUGCUUCCAAUUGUUCUCCUCCUCCAAGCCUUUCCAUAUUGUGGAUGUCGAACUCUCUCACACUCUUUUUGUCUACACCAGGAUGUGAUCCGCCUAGCCUGUGCGGAUACCACCUUUAAUAAUCUGUAUGGAUUGACCCUGGUGGUAUUCACUGUGGUUCUUGAUCUGGUCUUCAUUGCCCUGUCCUAUGCACUAAUUCUUCACGCUGUGAUGGGUCUGGCCUCCCGAGAAGAGCAGCUACGAGCCUUUCAAACGUGUACCUCACAUCUCACUGCCGUGUUGGUCUUCUUCGUGCCCAUGGUGGGGCUGUCUUUAGUACACCGCUUCGGAAAGCAUGCUUCACCUGUUGUCCACCUCCUCAUGGCUAACAUCUACCUGUUUGUGCCUCCCAUGCUCAACCCCAUCAUCUAUAGCAUCAAAACCAAGGAGAUUCGCCGGGCAAUUGUCAAACUCAUGGUGCGACUCAAAUAGAGAUCUACAUAUUAGGGUCAAUGGAAGCCUUCUUGGGAGUGGGGCAGAUUAUGAUUUCUUUUCUACUUUGUUGUUGGACAAAUGUUUAUUAAAUU